UUCCCCACAGCUCCCAUUAGAAUUUUGCCUUAGCAAGCCUGGCCUAUGCCUAGCUUCCUCUCGUCGGAAAUCAGAUGAGAUUUGGUUCUUUUUCCUUUCUCCCAAGUUUGAUUCAGAGGUUUGUAGGCUUAUGACUCUAAAACCAUGAUCCAUCCAUAUCAUGUUGCUGUUGCUUUUUCCCCUAAUUCUUGGUUUGUGUCAGGUAACGAGAGCGACGUAGGAGGUCACCAAUUUUUUAGCAUUUUCUAGUUCUAAGUUACCACCAUCUCCUUGAAACCUUGCAUACUUGCUAUUGUAAACCUACAAGAAGAGGUAAGUAAAAUUAUGGUAAAUACCCUUGGAUUUUAAUGUAAACAUUUUAAAAGCAUAUUUGAGCUAUUUUUAAGAUGGUGGUGGGACUUAACCCGAUUUUCAUUAGUAUGAGCAUGAUUGGUUUAAAAUCAAGUUGUUAUUAUUUUAUUGAGUUGAGCAUGCCUACAUAAAAUUUACUUGAUUAUUUUGAUGAUCUGAAAUUGGUCUGUGAAUUUGAAUUUUACUGGCAACUCUUGCAUGGUUUUGUCUCCAAUACGGUCAUGAAUUUUGUUAUCCUGCCAGUUGGAGUUAAAUGUUGGCACAUGUCAACAUCUAUUUCUGUAGAACCAAUUCAUCUAGCCAAUGGGAAAGUACAAUGGUAUUUUUGUUAUCCAGCUAGUUGGGAGAAUACACUGGCCAUGACUAAUUAAGGAGGCCACUAAAUAAAUUUCAGUAUGCAUAAAUUAUUUAUAAUUGAGAUUUUCUUGUUUAAAUUUUAAAUGUUUACUUGGCAUGUUUUAAAAUUUCAAUGAGGGCUAUCUAUAUUUUUACAUAUUAAGUUAUCUCACAUAGUUUUUUCCUUGUCCACCAUUUCAGGUAGUGAGAUCCAAGAUAAGGGAAACCAAGGGGAGUGAUGAGCUUGAGGGCUAGCCAUUGUAUUUUGGAUUCAGAUUAUUAUUGGAGUUAGGCCACUAGUCACAUAUAUUUUAGGACAUAUAUGAUGGAAAAUAGAUCAUACUUUUGUAGUCUAGAUCCCCUUGAGAAAGUUAUGACUUAUUAAUGGAGUUGAAUAAUUUUUUACACUCUUGGCCUAGUCAAACAUUGGUUCUCAAGUUAGAUUUUAUUAUAAUAUUGAGGAUUUUAGUUUAGUGGAUUGUUAAAUAUGAACUACGCAAGUUUCGAGCCUUGUGCAUUUGUGGGAUCCUCUCGCAAGUGUACGACAUCUGUUUCACUCCUGGUUUUGGAGGAUAACAUGCAUGUAAGUGAAUUUGUAAUAUCCCAAAAUUUUGAGUACUUAUGUUGAAUAAUUAAUUAAUUUAUGU